AUUGUUUUUAUGGGUGGAGUCCCGCCAUGGUUAAAUAUAGUUAGUCAAUCAGCGACUGUAUUUUAAUAAUCAGUUGAGAUACGAUACGUUUAUAGAUUUGAAAUAGCAGAGCUUUUUUCGCUGCAAGAUCCACUUAAGUGGCGCGUUAAUAGUCUAAUUAGUUGAUAAUUCGAAUGGCCAGCAUGGAGUGGGAACCUCGCCGACACCAUAGAGCAGCUCAAUCAAGAUCGUGAACAUGCUCGGCACAGGUAAGCGGAAACUUCCCCGGAUCACACACCAUUCCCUUUGUUCCGUUCCCCGACGUAAAUUUCGAAAAGUGCCGAGCUGAUUACAAGCGUCGAAGCUAAAUCUCUAUUCACUGGUCUAACCCCUUGGAAGAAUGUGCAAUUAUUUUAAUAGUUGGCCGAAGCUCUCCCCGUUCAAGCCCUGGCGGGUACCGUAUAGUAAGUACGCGAUUAGAAUUUAACUGACAACCGUGGCGGCAUGGAGUCUUGGCUGAAGAUCUCGUGUGUCCUCUGCAUAUUCGGAUUCCUGCGGGAGCUCCGACCCUCGGAGCCUUACCAUGCUGAGAUCCUUAUGGGGGAGUGGUAUCACGUUACUCAGGACGAAGUCAAUCGUUUGGUUUACCCUGUGGGAACAUACUCCUACCUGGCACUUCUCAUCUUUGUCUUUCUGCUAACAGACUUGCUCAGAUAUAAGCCCGUAAUCAUAGCCAAUGCUAUCACAGGUAUAUUUAUCUGGAGCACUCUGCUCUGGACUUCCACUCUGGGUGGAUUGCAGUCGGUGGAGGUGCUCUAUGGCUUCUAUCAAGCGGCCGAGGUGGCCUACUAUGCGUAUAUCUACGCGAAAGUGGACAAGCAGUACUAUCCCCGGGUAACCUCACACACCCGAGCUGCCAUGUUUGUGGGAAAGCUUGUGGCCGGACUGCUAGCGCAGCUACUCAUUGGAAUGGAGUGGAUGAACUUCCGACAGCUCUACUACAUUACCGUGAGCUCACAAGUUGUGGCUUUGCUUUGGGCAUUGUGGUUGCCCAAGGUGGAGAAGAGCUUGUACUUCCACAACAAAACAGAAGCCAUUGAGGGAGUGUCCAAGACAGAAGUGGGGAGCCUAGAGAAGGGCUCUAAUCUGACAAGCGAACCUGAACCUAUCACCCCAAAAGGGAGUACCCAGGCCUUGCAGCUCCUCUGGGCGCAUUUCCGCGCUGCCUACACCAACUCCCUGGUGAUACAAUGGAGCUUAUGGUAUGCCAUAAGCUUGGCGGGAUUUUUGCAAAUCUCUACGUACAUGCAAGUACUUUGGAAAUCUUUUGAAAAUGAGCCAACGAUUGUUUGGAAUGGAGCCGUGGAUGCUGCGCUAACUCUUCUAAGUGCUGUCUUUGCACUUCUCGCAGGAUACUUCCAUGCAGGACGUCUGAGUACCAAGCUUAGUCUAUUGUCCAUGGCGUUUCUGUCCAUCCUUCAAGGCGGAUGUGUGUUGCUAUCUUGCUGGACCAAUAACAUAUACCUAUCCUAUCUGGGAUAUACCCUUUAUGGAGGGCUAUUUGCCUUUACCAUAACUGUAGCCAGCUCGGAGUUGGCUAGCAGCUUGCUCGAGGACAGCUUUGCCUUGGUCUUUGGCUUCAACACCUUUUUGGGCCUACUCCUGCAAUGCAUCCUGACCUUUGUGGUUGUCUCGGAGAAUGCCAACCUCAAUCUUAAUGUGUUCGAACAGUUUACCGUCUAUGCCUUCUAUUUUGUAGUUAUAGGCUUAGUUUAUUUUCUUUUUGUUUCACUCCAAUAUUUGUGGUCAUUCUGCAAAAGGCCAAAGCCUAUUCAAGUAAAUUAAUAUUAUAACAUUAAGACUUUAUGUUAUAAAAUUCCUAGAAUAUUAUAAUAAAGUCUAAAAAUAUA